AUGCUUCUUUUACUUCUGAAAGUCUACUUUCUAUUCUCGAUCUGCAUUCCAACCAUUUACGCACAAUUCUACAGAGGAGAACUUGAACCACGGUACAGUAGGAAAACUCCAUUCAGACAACAAACAGACAUUCCGGAUCCAGUUUUUGGAAUAGGACAUGGAAUUCGAAGGUUCAGUGGAGACAAAUCAUCACGCGAGGAGCAGCCGCUAAGUCCUUUUUUUGGGGAACCAAGAGAGCCAGGAAGACGAAAUUCUGGAAGGGAGGAUGGACGAGAUUACGAGGAGAAUGGUGAAGAUGAGAGUCGAUUUGGGAGAAGCAGAAGACCAUUUGGUUUUGGACGACAUGGACCUCCAGAUGAUCAAGAAGGGAGGGAUGGUCCCUUUCAGAGAGGAAAUCAUGAUUUCAGCCGGCCGAAUCUCCCAGAUCCGUCAGUUGUUAAGGAACGAUUUGAUAAAGAGAGAAAUGGAAAGAAUCAGAGAAGCGAAGAAGAUGGCGAAGAGGAGAAUCAUCAGAAGCCGACAAGCAGAAGGGAAAGGCCAGAAGAAGAAGAUGGUCAUCACAAAGUUGAAGAGGAAGAAGAAGAAGAGCGUCGUCCCAGAAGACCGCCACCAAGAAACAAAGAAAAUUAUGAAGAUGAAGAAGAAGAAGGUCGUGGGAGAAAUUACAGACCUCGUCAUGAAGAUUCCGAUCGUCCACGCCAACACUAUCGCGGCCGCGAACCGGACUCGGAAACUGAAAAUAUUGCCGAAACGCCUUCGAAAGUGGUCGGUCUGAACAUGCAGAUGGUAGCUGGAGUAUAUCCGAAAGAAAAGAAAGGACCAGUAGUUGAGGAUGUGGACAAAAGAGGAGGACGAUUCGUGGAUAAGCCCGACGAAAAAGAGCAACAAAAGUUUUUUCGGGGUUCCGAGCCAGACGAAGACGAGGAUCGGUCUGAGCAGCAUAGGAAGGGAGGGAGAGAACAAAAGCACAAAGAGCCAAGAGAUAGACGACCAGCUAGAGGAGAUUCUGGAGAAUCUGAGAAAGGAAGCCGAGGAGAAAAGUUUGAAGAUAGGGAUGGACGGCAAGGAAAUCAAGAAGGAAGAGACGAAAAAAGACGUGACGGAAGACAAGAAGAAUCCGGUGAAAAGCCAGGUCGAGAAGAGCAAAGAGGACCACAAGGACCCCCUCCCCAACAAGCUCCACCACCUCCCAAGCCCCAAAUCCCUCCGUUCCCUGCUUUCCCCAAGUUCCCAUCAUUCGGAGGAUUCAAACCUUUCCAACCAGACUUCCCAACUCGAUCAUUCGGUGGUAAUGGCGGUUUUGCGGGUGGUCCUUGGAACGAAUCUGGAAGACCUUCCGGACGCAAAACAACGUCUGGAGAAGACGUUGGCUCGAGUGAAGACCGAUCUGGCCAGGACGGACGACGUGUUCACCAACAAAACACACCUUCUGCUUCAUCCGACAAUUCGGGUUCCCAUGAUGGCACUGCCGAACGGAGACAUUCCACCAGCGAUAACAGCAAGGAAAAUGAGAGAGGAAGAAAAGAAGGAGAACAUGAAAAUGAAGGACAAGAUCGUACCGGACAAAGAGAUGAGCAUAGAGAAGAGAAUCGAGAAGAAGUCCCGGAAAAAGUAAGUCAGGGAAAUCCACCACCACAAGGCCCACCAUCAGCACGAAAGGAAUUCCCGACUCCAGGAAGAUUUGUAACCAACAUUCGAGCGAAGAAAUCAGGAGAGAUUCUAGAUGCAACGACUGCUCCUUCAACAACAUCCACAACAUCUAGUGCUAUCACAUUUCCAGUAAUUUCCACGACAACACUUCCUUCAACUGGAAUCAUGCUACCAACAGAAGCAAUUGUUACCAAACUCCGAUCCAUUGUAAAUCAAAGAAUUAAAGUUGUGUAA